GCGGGGCUACUGAGGUUCUGCGUAGAAGAUGGCGGAGCUGGUGGGAAAGCGGCCCCGGGCCCAGGGAGAAGUACGAAAAAUCGAGUGGCGGAAAUUGAAGAAAGAGAGGAAAGAAGAGAAGAAGAAAUGGAGAGAGCUAAAGAUGAUAAAGAAGUUGGAGAAGCAGCGUGCUCAGGAGGAGGCAGAGAAGCAGAGAGAGGAAGCUGAGGAAACACAAAAGCAAACAAACGGGCGAUCCUAUACCCUGAGUGUGGCCCUCCCUGGCUCCAUCCUCAACAAUGCCCAGUCUCUGGAGCUUCGCACCUAUCUGGCUGGCCAGAUUGCCCGGGCCUGUGCCAUCUUCUGUGUGGAUGAGAUUGUGGUGUUUGAUGAAGAGGGUGAAGAUGUCAAGAGUGUUGAGGGGGAAUUUGUUGGCAUUGGCAAAAAAGGACAGGCCUCGGUGCAGCUGGCUCGAAUUCUCCAAUACUUGGAGUGUCCACAGUACUUGAGAAAAGCCUUCUUCCCCAAACACCAGGAUCUGCAGUUUGCAGGGCUGCUAAAUCCCCUAGAUAGUCCUCACCAUGUGCGGCAGGAGGAGGUUUUGGAGUACCGGGAAGGGAUUGUGUUAGACAGGCCUACUCGGCCUGGACGAGGCUCCUUCGUCAACUGUGGCAUGAAAAAGGAGGUGCAGAUAGACAAGAACCUGGAACCUGGUUUGAGAGUCACUGUGCGGUUGGACCAGCAGCAGAUCCCAGAGAGCAAGAGCCUUAAGGGACGAGUCGUAUCAAGCCAGGAGCCCCGCACGCAUGCUGGUCUCUACUGGGGCUACAGCGUCCGCCUGGCCUCCUGCCUCAGUGCGGUGUUUGCUGAGGGUCCCUAUAAGGACGGCUAUGACCUGACCAUUGGAACCUCAGAGCGAGGGGAGGAUCUGGCCUCAGUCCAGCUUCCCAGCUUCAACCAUGCCAUUGUGGUGUUUGGGGGCCUCCAGGGUUUAGAGGCUGGUGUUGAGGCCGAUCCCAACCUAGAGGUCACAGAUCCUAGUGUUCUCUUUGACUUCUAUCUCAACACCUGUCCAGGACAGGGCAGCCGCACCAUUCGUACGGAGGAAGCCAUCCUCAUCUCCUUGGCUACCCUACGACCUUGUAUCACUGGCUGGGGCUCGGCCUGACUGAAGACAUCACAAGAUGCUGCUCUUAAGACUGACUGCAGCACUGACUGCCCUGCUGGUGGCAGCAGAUCUGCUAGUGGGAGGCCUUGAGACCUGAUUUGCCAGGUGCAAGACGGAUGAGGAGCAAACCCAGGAUUGAAACCAGUUCUUGGGGGUCUGCCUGGCCCAGGGGCAAGAGGGAUGGAGAUCCUAACAGACAAUUAGCCAAUAAAUAAAGUGGGGCAGUGCCCCUUUUCCUA